CGAACCGGAAUGAGGUGCAGACGCCGCCCGUUGCAUACAUGUGGAGCUUCCAUCUUAGCAAUGUCCCACAACGCCUACAUGAAAGUCCAAGGCUUCAACGGACCCAUAGGAUCUGUGACAAAAAAGAUGGCAACAUUAGCUACCUCAGCCUGCCCAUUUGUGUAUGCCAUACAGUGCCAAUGGCUGGCUCUCCUUUCCUUUGCAGAUGAUCGCAUUCUAGCUAUUGAAGACAAGAUCGAGAGGCUUUUUCCACCAUCGACCCAUGUGUUCAACAAGCUUGAUGAGCUGCUCCACAUUGCAGAAACCUUACCCGGAAGAUUUGAUGAUGCUGCAGACAGGCUUCCUAUGAUUAUCCAAAGGGUUCCGCUUCUAGACUGGGUGUUGGCUCAUGUUGUGUCCUGGUUGAAUUUUUUCCUCUCUCUACUGGCUGACUGGGGAACUGAUGCUGCAAGAGAGAAGGAGAUAAUGGUUGAUAUAAACUGCACUGACCCGAAUAAUGGAUCAUCGUCGGUUGGCAAAGUGCAUCAAAUUGAAUCGAGGGGAGAAAGUGAGCAUAUGGUGAAGUCUCCUGCAGAGGUUGAAGGGGAAGUUCUGAAGUGUACUUACAAGGAAGCUCUAGAGAAGGGAACCAAAUAUGAGAAUGAAAUGAAAGAGGAUGAUUCUAAGGAGAUUGUGAAGACCAUGCUUCAGAAGAAAGAAGUUGGGUUAAGAACAGAGAAAAAUGGAGGCCAAGAGAAUGAAAAAAAUGGCAAGGAGGAGAGCAUGCAGGGCAUGGUUAUUGAGGGGGAAGUUGAGGUGGAAACUGAGAAAAAUGUAAGCAAAGACGAGGAAUGCAUCAGUAAUGAUGAUCCAAUACUAGAAUUAUUCGAGUCAGGGUGGCACAUGAAACCAGGAAGAGGUGCCCAAAGCCCUUUGCAAUCACAAUCCAAGUUAGAAGAAUGGAAUUGAAAGGGAUGCACAAGGAAAUCAACUACUUCUCAUUAUGAUGGCCUGGCUGACAUUUGUAAUCAAUUUAUAUAUGUCUAAUGCUAGAUGCAGUUUCUUUCAGCAUCUACUGUCAGUGAAAUUCAUAUGUACUUUCUGCUAUAAUAAUUGUAAAACUCGGAGAAU